AUGGCUUCAAGUUCUCGAAACGACAAUGAAAUUGAGGAAAUCGCUAACAACCCUGACGAAUUGGAGAAAGAUCCAACAAGGCAAUUCAUAAGGUUCAAUAAAAUGGUCGGAAUCGGAACCUUGAAGAAAGUAUACGAAGGGUUAGACACUUACAAUGGUCAUAAAAUCGCUUGGAGUAAAAUGGAGGUCGGACAAAUUGGUAAACAUGGGGUAAACAAGUGUUGUGAAGAAGCCGAAAUGAUGAAGUCGUUAAACCAUCCGAAUAUAGUCAAAUGUUACACUUACUGGUAUGAUGGUAUAAAUACCAUUAAUAUUAUUACUGAUCUUUGUUCUUCUGGUAAUCUGAGGGAGUAUAUUCAUAAACAUGAUCUUUUUCGUUGUCCUGCUGCAAUUAAGUCUUGGUGUCGACAGAUUCUAAGCGCGUUACAUUACAUACACAGUCAGAACAUUAUACACCUUGAUGUUAACGUUGAUAAUAUCGUUGUUAAUGGGAAUUCAGGCACGGUUAAGCUAGCAGAUUUUGGUUUCGCGGUGUAUAAAGAACCGAGUAAUGUUUACAGCACUUAUGGUGGUAGACCAGGGUGCAGGGCACCAGAGGUUUUGAGCUAUGAGUAUAAUCAUUUGGCUGACAUAUACUCUUUUGGAAUGACUGUACUACAGAUGAUGACUUACGAGAAGAUAUACAGCGAAUGCGAGACUUUGGCUAAGAUUGUUGAAGCAGUUCAGUCCGGUACUUGGCCUGAUGCAAUGAAACUAGUGUAUGACCUUCAACUGAGGCAAUUCAUUGAAAGGUGCAUUAAGCCUGCGUCUGAGAGACCCGAGGCAAGUGAACUCUUGAGGCACCCGUCUCUUGCAACUACUGAUGAGGGCGGUGAGCGAAGCCAAGACAACAUGCCAAAUCCAAAAGCUGUCAUUAACUCGCAAGAGCAGACCAUAGGCUCGAUUCUAUUCUAUUCAAUUCUUUAG